AUGGCCGGCGAACGAGGAAGCGGAGAGGAGGGCGAAGGCGGGGACGCCGUCCUCCCCAGCUUCGAGCGCCUUCAUCCUGCGCGGUUCGUUGUAUUAUCCUUCCCCAACCCCACCUUUCCUUCAGAUUCCGACGCCGAGCUGCUUAGGGUCGCCGUCCUCGACUCGCCAGGCCCGGCACCCGCGCAGACUACGGCCGCCAUGCUCGUUCCCGGGGGCCGGGAGUCCGACUGGGUAUUCUCCACCGCUGUCGGGCACCUCCAGCUCCUCCUGGCCUCCUCCGCCUCCCGCCUUGUCCUCAUCGGCAACGUACCCAUCGACGACUCCCCACCGCCCGUCUACACCCGCCGUCAGUCCCUCUCUCCUUCGCAGCUGGAGCAGAUCCUGCAUCCCCUCCUUCUCGCCCUCUCCCCGAGAUUCGCCUUCGAGGGCGGGACCCUCCCCAGUGUGCCCUUCCUCUGCUACGAGGAUGGGGUCAUACGGAGCAACGUCGUCGAGAUCGCCGCAGGCCCCGUGGCGGGGGAGAUGGUGGUGGAAGACGUCGAGAUCGAGGUGUCCGUCGAGUCCGCUAAUCCUCUCGGCUCGUCUUCUCCUCCUCCUGUUCGCCGGGAGCGCCGGAGGAGGCUGAGGUUCAAGAGGAUGCCCAACCUCGUGCAGACCCAGAUGAGAUUGCUGCCGGACACGGCCGCCGGGGGUUCUGGGGGAUUUAGGCUUGAAACAGGCGACCUGGUUCAGCCUUACCUCGUCCAGAUGGUGGCGGGGCUCCUGCUUGCAGGCCCGUUGAUUGACAGGAAAACCCAGCUGGGUCUCAGGCCCCGGGCGCUAUGCCUUGGGGUCGGCGGCGGGGCGCUGCUCACAUUCCUGGAGUCGCGCCUGGGCUUUGAUGUCUUCGGAGUGGAGGCCGAUGAGGUGGUUCUGGGCGCUGCAAAGCGGCAUUUCGGCCUAGUGGAGGGUGAGUUCCUCAGCGUUACGGUGGGGGACGGGAUCGGACUGUUGUUGGAGGAUGGCUUCUCUCGAGAGCUCUGCGCGGCUGAAUCUGGUUCGGCGGACGCCCUCGCCCCGCAGGGCCGAUGGCUUCAUCGACGGCAGAGGUUCCUCAACGGCGGAGUGGACGUCAUCAUGGUGGAUUUGGACGCUGAAGACCCAGCGAGUGGCGCCAUGGCGCCCCCGCCAGAGUUUGUGAAGAAGGGCGUCAUUUCGAGCGUCAGAUCUGUUCUUCGCGAGCAGGGGGGACUCCUGGUCAUAAACGUCAUUCCUCCAAAUGCCCCUCUCCGCGACGCGUUGGUCGGCUACCUACGGGAAGAGUUCUCGGAGCUGUACGAAAUCGACGUCGGCAAUGGCGAAAACCUUGUCCUCCUCGCCACACUGUCCACCCUUGCGUCGGUCGGGGGCAGGAGAGACGGGCCCUUCGCGGAGAAUCUACGCCAAAUCCUUGGGGAUAGGUACGGGGAUGCCAUCAGGAGGGUCUGA